AUGUCUUGCUGCGGCGGAAACUGUGGAUGUGGAUCUGGCUGCAAGUGCGGCAACGGUUGCGGAGGUUGCAAAAGGAACCCAGACUUGGGAUUUACCGCGGAGACGACCACGACCGAGACAUUCGUCUUCGGCGUUGCACCGGCGAUGAAGAACCAGUACGAGGCUUCCGACGAGAGUAGCGCUGAGAACGAUGCUUGCAAGUGUGGAUCUGACUGCAAGUGUGACCCUUGCACCUGCUUUACUCUAAGAUGGGAAAAGGUAAAAGAGAGACCACUCUUCACCGUCCUCCGGCGGAGAAAAGAAGAGGCACAACCCCUCACCGUCCCCGAACCACCUCCUAGUAAACCGGAGUCUCCGUCUCCGCCGUUCGGUAGCGAACCCACCGAACCGGCGAAGAGAGACACAACUCGAAACUCAGAUCCGCCAUCGUCAAACUCACCACAAGCUAUUCCGCCGUCCUCUAGCAGAGAUUCACCCAUGGAUAGUUUAGCGACAGCCUCUCUGAGCAACCCGAGCUUCCGCAGCGCCUCUCCCACCGAUUAUCCACGCCCAUCGCUGCCGGAGAAGAAACUGGAUCUAAUCUUCAUGUCGUUGGAUCCAUCGAACCGCCGUUGA